AUGUCCCAGCCCACUAAGAAUAAGAAGAAAGAACACGGGACCGAUUCCAAGUCAUCCCGCAUGACUCGGACGUUGGUUAAUCAUAUUCUUUUUGAAAGAAUUCUCCCGAUCCUUCCGGUGGAGUCUAAUCUAAGUACCUAUUCGGAAGUGGAAGAGUAUUCCUCAUUCAUUUCAUGCAGAUCUGUGCUCAUUAACGUUACCGUUUCCCGAGAUGCAAAUGCUAUGGUGGAAGGCACCUUGGAGUUGAUAGAAUCGCUUCUUCAAGGGCACGAAAUCAUUUCAGAUAAGGGUAGCAGUGACGUUAUUGAAUCAAUACUGAUUAUACUAAGAUUGUUAAGUGAUGCGCUAGAGUAUAAUUGGCAAAAUCAAGAAAGCCUUCAUUACAACGACAUUUCGACUCACGUAGAACAUGACCAAGAACAGAAGUACAGACCAAAGCUUAACAGUAUUCUGCCCGACUACUCGUCGACUCAUUCCAAUGGCAACAAACACUUUUUCCACCAGAGCAAACCUCAGGCACUGAUACCGGAACUGGCAUCGAAAUUGCUUGAGAGUUGCGCGAAGUUGAAGUUCAAUACAAGAACUUUGCAAAUUUUACAAAAUAUGAUCAGUCAUGUUCAUGGAAACAUUCUAACGACUUUGAGUUCCUCGAUUCUUCCCCGCCACAAAUCCUAUCUGACAAGGCACAACCAUCCUUCUCAUUGUAAAAUGAUUGACUCUACUCUAGGCCAUAUUCUCCGAUUUGUAGCGGCUUCCAAUCCGUCCGAGUAUUUUGAAUUUAUCAGAAAGAGUGUGCAAGUGCCCGUAACACAGACACACACGCAUUCACACUCCCAUUCACACUCUUUGCCAUCUUCCGUUUAUAACAGCAUAGUGCCCCACUUUGAUCUUUUCAGCUUCAUCUAUUUAAGCAAGCAUAAUUUUAAGAAAUACUUGGAACUCAUCAAAAACUUAUCGGUGACGUUAAGGAAAACGAUUUAUCAUUGCCUACUUUUGCAUUACAGCGCCAAAGCAAUAAUGUUUUGGAUAAUGGCUAGGCCUGCGGAAUAUUAUGAACUCUUCAACUUAUUAAAAGAUAAUAACAAUGAACACUCGAAAUCCUUAAACACGUUAAACCAUACACUUUUCGAGGAGAUCCAUUCGACUUUUAAUGUGAAUAGCAUGAUAACCACCAAUCAAAAUGCUCAUCAAGGCUCAUCUUCCCCUUCGUCCUCCUCGCCAUCGUCACCACCUAGCUCAUCAUCAUCGGAUAACAACAAUCAAAACAUAAUAGCAAAAUCCUUAAGUCGUCAGCUUUCUCACCACCAGUCAUACAUUCAACAGCAGUCUGAAAGAAAACUACAUUCUUCAUGGACUACAAACUCUCAAUCCUCUACUUCACUGUCAUCUUCAACGUCUAAUUCAACAACAACUGAUUUCUCUACUCACACUCAACCAGGAGAAUAUGACCCUUCCUUACCAGAUACUCCCACGAUGUCUAACAUCACUAUUAGUGCAUCUUCAUUAUUAUCUCAAACUCCAACUCCAACAACACAAUUGCAACAGCGGUUGAACUCAGCAGCUGCAGCCGCCGCCGCAGCUGCUUCACCAUCGAAUUCCACCCCAACUGGAUACACAGCAGAGCAACAAAGUCGCGCUUCAUACGAUGCACACAAAACUGGCCAUACUGGUAAGGAUUAUGACGAACAUUUUUUGUCUGUCACUCGUUUGGAUAAUGUUUUGGAGUUAUACACGCACUUUGAUGAUACUGAGGUACUACCACACACAUCCGUACUGAAGUUUUUAACUACUUUGACAAUGUUCGAUAUUGACCUUUUUAAUGAAUUAAACGCUACAUCAUUCAAAUAUAUUCCUGAUUGUACUAUGCAUCGUCCAAAAGAAAGAACAAGUUCUUUCAAUAAUACUGCACACGAGACAGGUUCCGAAAAGACUUCGGGUAUAAAACAUAUUACACAAGGCUUAAAGAAAUUAACUUCUUUACCUUCCUCAACCAAAAAAACUGUAAAAUUUGUGAAGAUGUUGCUAAGAAAUUUAAAUGGGAAUCAAGCUGUAUCAGAUGUUGCCCUCUUAGAUACAAUGAGGGCCUUACUAUCAUUCUUUACAAUGACUUCUGCGGUCUUUCUCGUGGAUAGAAACUUACCCUCAGUACUUUUUGCCAAGAGACUCAUCCCCAUAAUGGGGACAAAUUUAAGCGUCGGUCAAGACUGGAAUUCAAAAAUAAAUAACAGUUUGAUGGUUUGUUUGAAAAAAAACUCCACCACGUUUGUUCAAUUACAAUUAAUAUUCUUCUCUUCAGCUAUUCAAUUCGAUCAUGAAUUAUUACUGGCACGUCUGAGCAUCGAUACAAUGGCCAACAAUUUAAACAUGCAGAAGCUAUGCCUUUAUACUGAAGGAUUCAGGAUAUUCUUCGACAUACCAAGUAAGAAGGAAUUGCGGAAGGCAAUUGCGGUUAAAAUUUCUAAAUUUUUCAAAACAUUAUUCUCCAUUAUAGCAGAUAUUCUUUUACAAGAAUUUCCGUAUUUUGAUGAGCAAAUCACCGACAUAGUUGCUUCCAUUCUUGACGGUACAAUUAUCAAUGAGUAUGGUACGAAGAAACAUUUCAAGGGGAGCUCACCCUCUUUAUGUUCGACAACCCGGUCAAGAUCAGGAUCUACAUCUCAAAGUUCAAUGACACCAGUUUCUCCGCUGGGACUGGAUACUGAUAUAUGUCCAAUGAACACCCUGUCUUUAGUUGGUUCAAGUACUUCAAGAAAUUCUGACAACGUUAAUUCAUUAAACAGUUCACCAAAGAACUUGUCUUCUGAUCCAUACUUGUCACAUCUUGUGGCCCCAAGAGCGCGUCAUGCUUUAGGUGGGCCAUCUAGUAUUAUAAGGAAUAAAAUACCGACUACAUUGACUUCACCUCCAGGAACGGAAAAAUCUUCACCAGUACAACGUCCGCAAACGGAAAGCAUCAGUGCCACACCAAUGGCCAUAACAAAUUCUACUCCAUUAUCGUCGGCAGCAUUCGGAAUUCGAUCGCCUUUGCAGAAAAUAAGAACGAGGCGUUAUUCCGAUGAAAGUUUAGGAAAAUUCAUGAAAUCAACAAAUAAUUACAUUCAAGAACAUUUGAUACCAAAAGAUUUGAAUGAAGCAACUCUUCAAGAUGCUAGAAGAAUAAUGAUUAAUAUUUUCAGUAUUUUUAAGAGACCGAAUAGUUACUUCAUCAUUCCUCACAAUAUAAACUCGAAUUUACAAUGGGUUUCGCAGGAUUUUAGAAAUAUUAUGAAACCGAUUUUCGUCGCCAUCGUAAGUCCGGAUGUAGAUUUACAGAAUACUGCUCAAUCAUUCAUGGAUACCUUAUUAUCGAAUGUUAUUACUUAUGGUGAAUCAGAUGAGAAUAUCAGUAUUGAAGGGUAUCAUCUUCUUUGCAGUUACACUGUAACAUUAUUUGCAAUGGGCCUUUUCGAUUUGAAAAUUAAUAAUGAAAAGCGUCAAAUUCUCUUGGAUAUAACUGUCAAGUUUAUGAAGGUUAGAUCACAUUUAGCAGGGAUCGCGGAGGCCUCACACCACAUGGAAUACAUAAGUGAUUCUGAAAAACUCACCUUUCCGCUGAUUAUGGGGACUGUUGGUAGGGCCCUAUUUGUUUCAUUAUACUCUAGUCAACAAAAAAUUGAAAAGACUUUAAAGAUUGCUUACACAGAGUAUCUUUCUGCAAUCAAUUUUCAUGAGAGGAAUAUUGAUGAUGCUGAUAAAACUUGGGUUCAUAAUAUUGAGUUUGUAGAAGCGAUGUGUCAUGACAACUACACAACUUCUGGUUCAAUUGCUUUCCAAAGGAGGACAAGAAAUAAUAUUUUACGAUUUGCUACUAUUCCUAACGCUAUCUUACUUGAUUCUAUGAGGAUGAUCUAUAAGAAGUGGCAUACUUACACACACAGUAAAAGUUUAGAAAAACAAGAACGGAACGACUUCAGAAAUUUCGCGGGUAUUUUAGCCUCUUUGUCGGGUAUCCUAUUCAUCAAUAAAAAGAUAUUGCAAGAAAUGUAUCCAUACCUACUCGACACCGUUUCAGAAUUGAAAAAAAAUAUAGACUCUUUUAUCUCAAAACAAUGCCAAUGGUUAAACUAUCCGGAUUUAUUAACGAGAGAAAAUUCAAGAGAUAUUCUAAGUGUAGAACUGCAUCCUUUGUCUUUUAACUUACUUUUUAAUAAUUUGAGGCUCAAGUUAAAAGAACUUGCUUGUUCAGACUUAUCAAUACCAGAAAAUGAAAGUUCCUAUGUUUUAUUAGAACAAAUAAUCAAAAUGCUGCGGACAAUCCUAGGUCGUGAUGAUGACAAUUAUGUAAUGAUGCUUUUUUCCACAGAGAUUGUAGAUCUUAUUGAUUUAUUGACAGAUGAAAUAAAAAAAAUACCAGCCUAUUGUCCAAAAUAUCUCAAGGCAAUUAUUCAAAUGACCAAAAUGUUCAGUGCCUUGCAGCACUCAGAGGUUAAUUUAGGUGUCAAAAAUCAUUUUCACGUUAAAAAUAAAUGGUUGAGGCAAAUCACUGAUUGGUUUCAAGUGAGUAUUGCGAGAGAGUACGAUUUCGAAAACUUGUCAAAACCUCUAAAAGAAAUGGAUUUGGUAAAAAGAGACAUGGAUAUUCUAUACAUAGAUACGGCAAUCGAAGCUUCAACCGCUAUUGCGUACCUCACGAGACAUACUUUCUUAGAGAUUCCACCUGCCGCGUCAGAUCCCGAACUAUCUCGAUCUAGGUCUGUGAUAUUUGGGUUUUAUUUCAACAUCUUAAUGAAAGGCCUUGAAAAAAGUAGUGAUCGUGACAAUUACCCAGUAUUCUUGAGGCACAAAAUGAGUGUCCUCAACGACAAUGUAAUACUUUCAUUAACAAAUCUUUCAAACACCAAUGUUGAUGCGAGUUUGCAGUUCACCUUACCGAUGGGCUAUUCCGGAAAUCGAAACAUUAGGAAUGCAUUUUUGGAGGUCUUCAUUAAUAUCGUUACGAACUAUCGGACAUACACGGCUAAAACUGACCUUGGAAAAUUAGAGGCAGCAGACAAAUUUUUGCGAUAUACGAUUGAACAUCCCCAGCUAUCGUCCUUUGGAGCAGCGGUUUGUCCCGCUAGCGAUAUUGAUGCUUAUGCUGCUGGCUUAAUAAAUGCAUUUGAAACGAGGAAUGCCACCCACAUUGUAGUGGCACAGUUGAUUAAAAAUGAAAUUGAAAAAUCUUCCAGACCUACGGAUAUCCUUAGAAGAAAUAGCUGUGCUACGAGAUCAUUAUCUAUGCUAGCCAGGUCCAAGGGUAACGAAUAUUUGAUUCGCACUUUGCAACCAUUACUAAAAAAAAUUAUCCAGAACAGAGAUUUUUUUGAAAUUGAGAAACUAAAACCGGAAGAUUCAGAUGCUGAACGUCAAAUAGAGCUCUUCGUUAAAUACAUGAAUGAAUUAUUGGAAUCCAUAUCCAACUCCGUAUCUUAUUUUCCCCCUCCUUUAUUUUAUAUUUGCCAAAACAUUUAUAAAGUUGCGUGUGAAAAAUUUCCGGAUCACGCAAUUAUCGCCGCUGGGUCUUUCGUGUUUUUACGGUUUUUUUGUCCUGCUUUAGUCAGCCCUGAUUCUGAAAAUAUCAUAGAUAUUUCUCACUUGAGCGAAAAGCGUACCUUCAUCAGCUUGGCUAAAGUUAUCCAAAAUAUUGCCAAUGGCUCAGAAAAUUUCUCCAGAUGGCCAGCUUUGUGUUCCCAAAAGGAUUUUCUUAAGGAAUGUAGCGAUAGAAUUUUCAGAUUCCUAGCUGAACUUUGUAGAACAGAUCGCACGAUAGACAUCCAAGUGAGAACAGACCCAACGCCAAUUGCAUUUGACUAUCAAUUCCUUCAUUCCUUUGUUUACCUUUACGGUCUUGAGGUGAGAAGGAAUGUGCUAAAUGAAGCAAAACAUGAUGAUGGUGACAUUGAUGGUGACGAUUUCUAUAAGACCACAUUUUUACUUAUUGAUGAUGUUCUUGGCCAAUUAGGCCAACCUAAAAUGGAAUUUUCCAAUGAAAUACCAAUAUACAUAAGAGAACAUAUGGACGACUAUCCGGAACUGUAUGAGUUCAUGAAUAGGCACGCGUUCAGAAACAUUGAGACUUCAACAGCGUACAGCCCAAGCGUUCACGAGUCCACCUCAAGUGAAGGCAUUCCAAUUAUUACGUUAACAAUGUCAAAUUUCUCAGACAGACAUGUGGACAUUGAUACAGUUGCUUACAAGUUCUUGCAAAUUUAUGCUCGAAUCUGGACCACCAAACACUGUUUAAUAAUCGACUGUACAGAAUUUGACGAGGGAGGGCUUGAUAUGAGGAAAUUUAUUUCUUUGGUUAUGGGACUAUUACCAGAAGUUGCACCCAAAAAUUGUAUAGGCUGUUACUACUUUAACGUAAACGAGACAUUUAUGGAUAAUUAUGGAAAAUGUUUGGACAAAGACAACGUAUAUGUUUCCUCGAAAAUUCCUCAUUAUUUCAUUAAUAGUAACUCUGAUGAAGGACUUAUGAAAUCUGUGGGUAUAACUGGACAAGGGUUGAAGGUUCUGCAAGAUAUUCGUGUCUCUCUGCAUGAUAUCACGCUUUAUGACGAAAAAAGAAAUAGAUUUACGCCGGUAUCGUUGAAAAUAGGCGAUAUUUACUUUCAAGUCUUGCAUGAAACUCCUAGGCAAUAUAAAAUAAGGGACAUGGGUACUUUAUUCGACGUAAAAUUCAAUGAUGUCUACGAAAUUAGCCGAAUAUUUGAAGUACAUGUUUCGUCAAUAACUGGAGUGGCAGCUGAAUUUACAGUAACUUUUCAGGACGAGAGAAGGUUGAUUUUUAGUAGUCCGAAAUACCUUGAAAUUGUGAAGAUGUUCUAUUACGCACAGAUCCGGUUAGAAAGUGAAUAUGAAAUGGAUAAUAAUUCGAGUACCUCCUCCCCAAAUUCAAACAACAAGGACAAACAGCAGAAAGAGAGAACAAAACUAUUGUGCCACCUACUGUUAGUAUCUCUUAUUGGUCUGUUUGAUGAGAGUAAAAAAAUGAAAAACAGUUCGUAUAACCUAAUAGCUGCCACUGAGGCGUCAUUUGGUUUGAACUUUGGCUCCCAUUUUCAUCGCUCUCCCGAGGUGUACGUCCCCGAAGAUACUACAACAUUUUUAGGUGUUAUUGGAAAGUCUCUUGCAGAGUCUAAUCCAGAACUCACAGCCUAUAUGUUUAUCUAUGUUUUGGAGGCAUUGAAGAACAACGUAAUUCCUCACGUUUACAUCCCUCAUACCAUUUGCGGUUUGUCUUAUUGGAUCCCUAAUUUAUACCAACAUGUGUAUUUGGCUGAUGAUGAAGAAGGCCCCGAAAACAUAUCUCACAUUUUCCGAAUUCUUAUCAGGCUCUCUGUGAGAGAGACUGACUUUAAAGCCGUAUACAUGCAAUAUGUUUGGUUGCUACUUUUAGAUGAUGGCCGCUUAACUGACAUUAUCGUUGAUGAAGUUAUUAAUCAUGCGUUAGAAAGAGACUCCGAAAACCGCGAUUGGAAGAAAACAAUAUCGUUACUGACUGUCCUACCCACUACUGAGGUUGCUAAUAAUAUUAUUCAAAAAAUAUUGGCAAAAAUUAGAUCAUUUUUACCGUCAUUGAAGUUAGAAGCUAUGACCCAAAGUUGGUCUGAACUAACAAUAUUAGUUAAGAUAAGCAUCCACGUUUUUUUUGAAACUUCUUUGCUGGUACAGAUGUACUUACCAGAGAUCCUGUUUAUCGUAUCCUUAUUAAUUGAUGUUGGUCCAAGGGAACUCAGAUCAUCACUACACCAGCUAUUAAUGAAUGUAUGCCAUUCCUUGGCUAUUAACUCAGCUUUACCACAAGAUCAUAGAAAUAAUCUAGAUGAAAUAAGUGAUAUAUUUGCACAUCAAAAGGUGAAGUUUAUGUUUGGGUUCAGCGAGGACAAAGGACGAAUUUUACAGAUUUUUAGCGCUUCUUCUUUUGCAAGCAAGUUUAAUAUUCUGGAUUUCUUCAUCAAUAAUAUAUUAUUGCUGAUGGAAUAUUCUUCAACGUACGAAGCAAACGUGUGGAAGACAAGAUACAAGAAAUAUGUCUUGGAAUCUGUGUUUACAAGUAAUUCUUUUCUUUCGGCACGUUCAAUCAUGAUUGUUGGUAUAAUGGGUAAAUCUUACAUAACUGAAGGGUUAUGCAAGGCUAUGUUAAUUGAAACCAUGAAAGUUAUCGCCGAACCAAAGAUUACUGACGAGCAUCUUUUCUUAGCCAUAUCUCAUAUUUUUACUUAUUCCAAAAUUGUUGAAGGUUUGGAUCCCAACCUUGACUUAAUGAAGCACUUAUUUUGGUUUUCAACACUCUUCCUUGAAUCACGUCACCCGAUAAUUUUUGAGGGUGCCCUUCUCUUUGUGUCAAACUGUAUAAGGCGCCUAUACAUGGCCCAGUUUGAAAAUGAAAGCGAAACAUCAUUGAUAAGUACUUUACUUAAGGGGAGAAAGUUUGCUCAUACCUUUUUAAGCAAGAUAGAGAAUCUUAGUGGUAUUGUUUGGAAUGAAGAUAAUUUUACACACAUUCUGAUUUUCAUCAUUAAUAAAGGACUAUCCAAUCCUUUCAUUAAGAGUACGGCUUUUGAUUUCUUGAAGAUGAUGUUUAGAAACUCCUACUUUGAGCAUCAAAUCAAUCAGAAAUCUGAUCAUUAUUUGUGCUAUAUGUUCCUAUUGUAUUUUGUUUUAAACUGCAAUCAAUUUGAGGAACUUUUAGGUGACGUUGAUUUUGAAGGAGAAAUGGUUAACAUUGAAAACAAGAACACCAUUCCUAAAAUUUUGUUAGAGUGGUUGAGUUCGGAUAACGAAAAUGCAAACAUUACCCUCUAUCAAGGUGCGAUACUGUUCAAAUGUUCAGUUACGGAUGAACCAAGUAGAUUUAGGUUUGCGUUGAUUAUUAGGCAUCUAUUGACAAAGAAACCCAUUUGUGCAUUGCGUUUUUACAGUGUUAUUCGUAACGAAAUAAGAAAAAUAUCAGCAUUUGAGCAAAAUUCGGAUUGUGUUCCACUUGCUUUCGAUAUUUUAAACUUAUUAGUGACGCAUUCAGAGUCUAAUUCGUUAGAAAAACUUCACGAAGAAUCCAUUGAACGUCUAACCAAAAGAGGUUUAUCGAUUGUGACUUCUUCUGGUAUAUUUGCGAAGAACUCCGACAUGAUGAUACCUUUAGAUGUAAAACCUGAAGAUAUCUAUGAACGUAAGAGAAUAAUGACAAUGAUUUUAUCAAGGAUGUCAUGUUCUGCUUAG